AAAUGUGGACGCGGGCCGUGUGGCUGGGCCUUCGGGCGUCGGCGGGCAGGCACCGGGGCUUCACCUCCAAGGCCGAUCCUCAGGGAAGCCACCAGGUCACGGCCGAGCUGAUCGAGCCCCUGGAGCGGCUAGCGCUUGUGGACUUCGGCAGCCAAGAGGCCGUGGCACGGCUGGAGAAAGCCAUCACCUUCACCGACCGGCUCCGCACCGUGGACACGGACGGGGUGGAGCCCAAGGACUCAGUUCUGGAGGACAGAUGUCUGUACCUGAGAUGCAACAACGUGGUAGAAGGCAACUGUGCUGAAGAACUACUACAAAACUCCCAUCGAGGUGUGGAGGAGUAUUUUGUGGCUCCCCCAGGUAGUAUCUCUUGGCCAAAGCUGGACGAAAAAGAGCCCUCCUCACACCGCUGAGUAGCUAUUCUGGGAAGGGGUGCCCUCUGAAAACGUGCAAGUGCAAAAUGACUAUUUUGUUAUGAACACUCAUGUUGCCACUUCCUUCAGUCACCUGAAAAAAGUGAUGGUUAGGUAUCUUUUAGUAACUAACUCUUUGAAGACAAAACUGGGAAAGAUCUAGCCAAAAUAAGGCAAAGAGUCCCUGAUGCCAACGGAAGUAGAAGGUAUUGCCAGUUUCCAAGGAAAUGGAUCAACUGUACUCACAGGCUGUUCUGUAUGGAAGACUUUAUCCCCUCCCCAAAAGACUGUCUACCGAACUGCAUUUAAGUGAAUUUUUCUAUUUAUGUAACCGUUAGACAUUGUAUCUGAUCACUGUGUGACAACCUGAGUUGUCCUUUUCAGUUGCUGCUUCCCUUGACUCGAGCAGCCUUUCAUCUUUACUGAACACCCUUAAAUUUGUUCUUGGGUACCCACUUUGUUCCAAGCAGAGGGCUGGCUUUCUGCUAAGGUUAGGAGGCAGCUUUGGGAGGCGGUGGAUAUGUUUAUGGCCUUCAUGGUUGUGAUUUCACGUGUGUAUACUUAACCCCAAACUCACUGAGUUGUAUACAUUAAAUGUACAGCUUUCUACAGGUCAACUGUAUUUCAGUAA